GGGCGAGCGGCGAGCGGCGCGGGGCGGCGGCGGCGGCGCCAUGGCCAAGCACCACCCGGACCUCAUCUUCUGCCGCAAGCAGGCGGGCGUCGCGAUUGGAAGACUUUGCGAAAAAUAUGAAGGAUUAAAAGGACCACAAGUACAAUCUCUUAUCCCAUCUCUCUGAGGAUGGUAACUCCAGACUUUUGUUGAUGUGGCUCUGUGGGAGAAGCUUACACUGCUGCUGCAUAGGUGAUGGCAAAUGUGUGAUCUGUGACUCGUACGUGCGGCCCUGCACACUCGUGCGCAUAUGCGAUGAGUGUAACUACGGCUCCUACCAAGGACGCUGCGUGAUCUGCGGGGGUCCAGGAGUAUCUGAUGCCUACUACUGCAAGGAGUGCACCAUCCAGGAAAAAGAUAGAGAUGGUUGCCCCAAGAUCGUCAACCUGGGCAGUUCCAAGACGGAUCUCUUCUACGAAAGGAAAAAGUACGGAUUCAAGAAGAGGUGAUCCUAUCUGUUUGCAGCUACACCUCCUGUCGGGUUGGCGAGAGGGCCUUGGAACACCUCUGGACUUUACUAUUAUUGAGAAGCAGCUGAUUACAUUUUCUAAGGCAGUAUAAAUCUGGGAGUAUGCUUGGAGCUGGAGAAGUAGCAGACUGAGUGGGGACCGAAACCUGGUCAGGACUAUCAGAAAGAGCAAAUGCGGAUUGUGUCUGCAUUCUCAGAAGUUUUUCUAGUAGUUGUUCCAGCUCGCUAAAAAAAAGUCCUGGUGGGCAAGUAUUUACAUAUGGAGGAGACCAGCCCAGUAAAAAGCAAGUGCCCUUUCUGGUGUGGGGAAACACCCUGUGUGCGUUCUUACCAUCCCUCCUCUCGGUUGUUAGAAAUCGCACCACACAUCAGGACUGGAGCACAGACCCGUGUGCCCGCUCCCCCACCCUUCUUCCUCCAGUAUAUUUCCAGGCUGCCCUGUUUUGUAAGGAACCUAGCGGUGCUGGUGGCUGGUGCUGUCCUAGGGAGAACACAGCUGUUCCAUGUUUUCUUUGUCAGAUUAAUCCAAGGCCCUUUCUGUAACCGUUCCUGUAGGAUGCAAACCAAUAAAGCUUCUCUCUUUUUUUUUUUUUU